AUGGCCCUACAUCUCCUGUCGCUGAGCCUUAUUCUGCUGGGGACCCUUCAGAUGCAGGCCGAGGGCUUCACCCCAAAACUGAUCACUGUCCUGACUCUGCGCAGGGUCCCUGUGCAACGUGUCUUCCAAAAUGAGCAGUUCCAGGGGAAAUGGUACGUCUUAGGAUUGGCAGGGAACGGUUUUAAUAAAGAAAAACACAGCAAGAUGAAGAUGUUUACUGCCACCUAUGAGCUGAAUGAAGACAACAGCUACAAUGUCACCUCUACUGUGGCCAGCGAUGAGAACUGUAGCCAGUGGACCAAAAUUUUUAUCCCAAAUUUGCGUCUAAGCCAAUUCAACCUGAGCAACAUUGCAGGUUACAUUGGAGUCCAGAAAUACACUCCACAAGUGGUGACCACAAACUACAAUCAGUUUGCCAUACUGCAGUUCAAGAAUGUUUACAACAACCAGGAAUACAUCAAGGUCAACCUUUAUGGGAGGACCAAGGAGCUGCCUACUGUGCUGAGGAAAAUCUUCAUCAACUUCGCCAAAUCCCUGGGCCUCACCGAUGACAACAUCAUCUUCACUGUGCCCACUGAUGAGUGCACGGAUAAGUGA